AGGGAAUAAUUUUUUUUAAAAAUAAACUGAUAAUAUGAUAGUGCAUUGCUUACCAAAAAGAUCAAUUGCCUCUCCCCACACCCCACAUCAUAGGGCUCAUGCCCAACCAAAAAGAUUACGGAGUAAUUUUGCUUCGAACAAAAAAGUAAAUUGCGGAUUUUUUUGUUCGGAAUUCGCGGUUUUUGUGACGUUUGAAAUCCCAAAUUCAAGUUUUUUUUUUGUGGAGCUUACCACAGAACAAGAAAUCGUGAAAAUGGAGGGCAGCCUGAGCGAGGAAGUCUUCGAUUCAUACCGUCUAAACCCUAAGUUAUUCAUCAACGAGGUCGUCGAUUCCGUGAACAUCAUUGUAAAUGAAGCUUUUGAUUUCUUCCAGCAGGAGGGAGAAAAGAGUCUAAAAAUCGAGGGUACAGAUCGAUCCGUAGAUCUAAAAAAGGGUGUGGAUUAUAUUCGGAAGAUGGUUCAAUUGAGGGUGGACAAUCGUCUAAGUGUGUGGGAGAAAUACUGUUUGAAUCAGUGUUUUAUGGUACCGGAAGAGUUCUCUUUGCCUAAGGAUGAACCGUCUGGUGACACUUGCUUGGAUCGUGAUGCAGAACUGGAUGCACAGUUGGAUUCCUUGCGAAACAAACUCGCUCAGGUAAGUAAAGAGUCUGCCGACCUCAAAAGAGAGCUACAAGCACUGGAAAGGCAGUGUAGCAUGAGUAAACAAUCUGCAGCCUCUCUUGAUAAAGUGGUACAGUUUUAUAACGAACUGGGUGUGCACGAUAAGUUUGCAGAGCUGGUAACAACUGCAUCAGAGUUCCGUUCGUCCAUGGAGAAGCGGCUAACUCGGAUGUCUACUGAGAUUGAACACGAGAGAGCAGGGAAAAUUCGCAAACUGAACAAUCAUGGGAAUGGUGACCAUUCUGGUCUGCAUAAUGCCAAACUUGAAGAUCUUCAACAAUUUCUAGAUGAUUUCAAGAACACCAAAUGAUUUUAUCAUCUUCUCACCGCGAGCUAAUGAAUGACCCACAUCCCUUCGGUUUUUGAAGUGUGUUUUGUCAUUGUUUUUCAGUCAACUUUUGGCUUCUGUGUUUUCCAAGCGAAAUUCCGGAGUGUUUGGAUCGCAUACAAAGAUUGAUUUAGGCUCAUUUCCAUUGAAAAUUACGGAGUACUUCUCCAACAAAUGCUUGAAAUUGUUGUUUUUUGUAUAUGUCAAUUGUCAAACACGUGACCUAUCAUUUAAGAGAGCCAAAACGGUAUCACUGGACUACAAAAUCUUUGGCAAGAUUACUUGGCUUUGGGAACAAAGGUAAAUAAAAAGAAGUCGCUUUGGCGGGGGGUUUGUUGUCUUUUAAACCCAAAAAUUAGGUUUUAAAUUUAAUGCUCUGUAUCGUUAAGUGGUUGUUA